AUGGAGCUGACAAGACACAAAAUUACAUACACUCAAGAGGAGUUGGUCGAUAAAUUGUUCGAUUCGUUGCCGAAUGAGCAAGAUUGGCAAUACUUUGCCUUGAUGUUGAUGAAUACAAUCAAGCCUGAAGAGUUGACAGUGGAUUUGCUAAUCGAAAGACUAGAAAGCCACGAGUUGGAGAUCAAGAAAUCUAAAAUCAACAAUUCAGCUUAUCAGCAAAAUGUGGAGUUGUAUUACAGAGGAGAACUUCCAAAGGCUGGAUCCCCAAGAACAGCAUUUUCUGCAGAAAGUUACGACUGGAGUCAAGUUCUUCCUGAAGAAGAUGCUGUUGGAUAUGCAUUUGUAGCUAAUGUUGAUCAUGAUUUAUGGUGGAGAAGAGAUUACGCGAGAUGGGAAAUUGAAAAAUUCAGAGAACCACUCAAAGAAGCCCAAAGAGCCAAAAGAUGGAAUAAUGAAUUGGAAUGUUACUUGGAUCCACAGGGUAAUCCGGUUGUUAACCCACCAAAGGUGGAUUUUGAGGCUAUAAAAGAAGUAUGUGAAGCAAGUCUACCAAAGGUGGUAGAAAUGAACAAGAGGAAAGAAGAGGAGUUGAAAAAGCUGGUUGAAGAAAUGAAGAUUAUGGCAAAGAAUGAUGUUGAAGGAGAACAGAAGAUUGAAGAGAAGUUGGAAGAAGAAGAGAAGAAAGAAGAAGUUGAGAAAAUGAAGAAAACUGAAAGAUUGACUGAGAUAAAGAUUGAGAAUUUGAAGUCUGCUAGUGAUGAAGUUGCUGGUGAUGAGAAAAAGGAAGAGCUGAAACAGACAGAGGCAGCUGAAAACACCAAUGUGCAAAUCACUGAGAAAGAUAAUAAGUUUCAAGAUUUUCAAAAAGAGUAUGAUAAUUUGAAGUGGUCAAGUCAGAGAGUACAAGAGGCUUAUGAUACUUUGAAGAAACAAGCUAAAAGUUUUGAUGAAAGAUUGUCUGCAACAUUGACAACCAAAGAAACGUAUGAGAGAAAGUUUAAAGAAAAGCAACUUGAAUUAAACAAGUAUGUUGAUGAAGUUGCUAAUCUCAAACAAGUUCUGGCAGAAAAAGAAAAGAUUGUGCUCAACAAAGCCGAAGAUUGUGAGAAUGGAAGUUGGGGCAGCCUGGCACAGGAAGAGGUGGCUGGACCCUGGUUUGGUUGA